AUGUCGAAGCGACAAAGAAGAAACACCCCCCUCGGCGACGCUGCGCAACCCGACUCAGCCCAACGGCGCUGGCGCAACGUCGCCAACCCCAGCACCCCGCGCGACGAUAUCAUGUCGUCGCCUGACCCCCUCACCGGCGAUGCCUCGCCUGACCGAGUUCUCUCCUCCAAUUCGCGGCGCGUCACCCGCAGCCAACGCGCGCAACAGUUCCUGUCACUCGGCGCUACGCCUAGAAGGCUGGCGUGGGAGCUUGACGCCGGAACCGGUCGCAACAGGAGGUCGUCUCGCGGCGGCCUCGUAGUCAGCGUGGAGGAGACGGACGAAGACGGCACGGCGGACGAGGCGACGCGCCGCACUAACGUAUCGAUGCCCAGCCCCCGCACGGCGUCGGCGGCCACCACGCGCGGCCAAAAACGAGCCGCGGCGACAACGACAACGACGGUGCCGCUCAAGUAUUCGAUCGAGGACGAGUCUAGUGAUGUAUUGGGCUCGACGAAUGCUACGCCGCGACCGCGGAAAACGCGAAUCCGCGUCUCUAAUGGGACGCCGAUUCCUCAACCAACAGCUGGGAAGCGACGAAGAGAUCCUUCCCUCCCGGCGCGAACGACACAGCGCCACCCAGAAACGGUCGAAGAUAGCAUGGACUCCGAUUCCAUGGACGACCUUACGCAGCGGUCCCCCACACCAAAGCGGCGCAUGCUCUCGCCUAGAAGACGAGCUGCGGAGCCGUCCAGCGAAUUGGGCACAGAACCAGCGCCCAGGGCCAGUCCUGCUGCGAGGCGCAACGUGCGCCGCCAACGAUAUGCCAUGGCACCACCUCAGGUGCCUGGGUCAACAGAUGUCGGCAAUGACGAGGCGCGAAUGCCUCAAGUCCCCGCAAGCGAAGACGACUUGCAAAGGGACCCUACGAUGACGGUAACGGUAGAGGAAGGCCGGCAAACAACAACAGCUGCGGCUGACGUGGAGCCAGAAUCGGAUAUAUGGAUAGCAGCGUCGCGAGACGCUACUCCGCAGGCAGAACAGCCAGUCGACAGAACAGCUGCAGAGAUGGAGGAGCAAGAGGAGGAGCGACAUGAAGUGCGGGCGACAUCAGUCGCCAUGUCGCAAGAAGACUAUGGUUACCUCCCGCCUGCAGCGAGUGAUGACUCUUCUGUUACCGACGAGCAACUGGAAGAGCCUACGAUCAUGAGAGGAAAUGAUACUAUUGCACAAGGCGAAGACUUUAGUAUGAUUCUCAUGGACUCGAUUCACUCGCUCCGAGCAAGCACACAAGGAGCCCCCCCUUCAUCUCACUAUAGCCCCGUUGGUGAUGAUACGAGCCUCAUCAUCAACACUACGCUACAGUCUCUUCGCCAGGGCAAAGUGGCCGACCCCGAAGACGAGGGUGACGGCGAGGACGAAGGAGGUGACGACGGCGAGGACGAGGGAGGUGACGGCGAGGACGAAGGAGAUGACGACGCCGACACACUGAGCGGCCGGGAAUCUGAAAACGAACCGGCCGAAGAUGAGACUAUCGUUCCCGAGCCCGUGGUUGCUGACUCGCUAUCUGGAUCUGAGCUUGAAGCUCAGCUAGACAAGACGCAACCACGGGCUGAGGAUUCCGAUGAGCAUGAUGAACCGGGCACCUCGGAUAGCCGUGGAUCUGAAAACGAACCGGUUGAGGAGGAGGCUGCUGCUGCGCCUGAGCAAGUGGUUACUGACGCGGAAUCUGUGCCUGGUCUUGCAGGCCAGCCAGACCUGUCGCAGACCGAGCCUGUUGCGCCCGCACCCGAACCGGAAUCGGAAUCUGGAGGGGACACUGACGGAGGCUUCGAAUCGGAGGUCGAGGAGAUUGAGCAACACGACGUUGCCCAAUCUAGAUUAGAAGUCGAGCAAGAGGUCACCACAGUGGUCGAGGCAGCUGUCACGGAAAUCGUAUCAGUUGAGUCGGUGUCGGAGUCCGAGGUUCAGGCGUCACUGUCAAGGAAGUCGCCUGUUCGCCAGUCGCCGCCCGCAUCUCGCAGCGCACGACUGUCGCAAUCGCCCAAAAAAGCGACAGGCUCGUCACCGCUCCGCUACCGUGUUUAUAAGCGGUACGCUGGGCAAUCUGAGCAUUCUCCGCGUGCGAGCCGUCGACGAUCGGCUUCUCCGCCUCAGACGACGGUUUCGGCGUCCUUUAGCGCCCCCGUACAGGAAUCUACAAGAGAUUCUCGGAUGGACGAGGACUCUUUCUCGAAGAUGCCCGAGGCCACUCUCGCCGCCGCAGCACCACAAGCAAACGCGCGGUUGUCUACGGAGUAUGAAGAACUCGACGACGAGAUGAUGGACGAGAUAAUGGACGAGCUUGAGGAUAGUCAAGCAAAAGAUGCGGCAACUGCAGAAUUUAUGCAGUAUAUGGAUGAGGAUGAGGAUGGGGAUGGGGACUUUGAGCUGGAGCCAGAGGGGGAGCAAGAGCAACAGGCUGACGACUACGAGCUGCCUUACCUGAGCCCUGGUACGGGAACAGGAGCAGCGCGUAGAGUGGAUGCCUUGCUGGAAGAAGGCGGCGAUGAUACCCAGGACGAGGAGCAAGCAGCAGAUGAGGUAGUAGAAGCGGUGGCAGUAGAACUGCCCACCCUUCCCUCUGACGCCCGCCAGACUCAGUCCGCAGUUCGCCUACCAACGCCAGAUGACUCUCCUCCAAGCGCGCCACUCCAACAGGCGGCCGCUCCUGCUCAGCAGCAGCUGUGGACUCACUCGUUCAUCGGCUCCCCAGUCCAGGCACACCACUUGCCCGGGCCAUCAUCGCCCGGACCUAGUGCCCAUCCGGUUCCAGUGACUCAACCAGCGGAGGCUGCUGUUCAGAGCAGCGCCUCGUCGGUGGAAGAGACGCCCCGGAACCAGAUCUCAUCGCCGACUCAGCAGCCCCAGUCUGUGGGCCAGGAGUCUGGGUCGGCGCCGCACGUCCGCCCGGCACUGUCGUCGAUUGUUCGCGUCGGCCGCGCUCUUCAGAGCGUCACUUCGGACCCCCCUUCGCCCGAAGCAAGGGAUCGCCACUUGGGCAGUCCGUUCCGAAGCUCCGGCAGCAAGGAGCCUCGAUCCGGCUCGGGAGAAGCAGAGACUGGCCGCCUCCUCAGCAGAAGUCCGAGCGCGCGGGUUAGCAAAAGCCCGACAGCGCGGAUGCUGACGUUUGGAAUGCUGAGCCACUCGUCUCUUUCGCCCCAGCGCCGUUCGCCCUUCCGUGAUGCCUCGAGAAGCAUCAGGUCGCCCAGCCAGCUGCAGGAGGCCAGCACACAGCAGGAGGUUGUGUCGCCGCCACGAUCGUCUCUGUUCAGCAAGAGCACGAGUGGCAAUGAGCGCCCAGCUGCGAAACUGAGCCCGGUAGAGCUCAGCCAACCGCCAACCUCGGUCUCGCCCCCGCCGCGGUCUCUUUUCAGCAAGAGCACAAGAACGGCGGCGUUGGAUGAGGCACAGCCAUCCGUGUCCCCACAGCGAAAGUCACCUUUCCGUGAGCGAACCAAAAGCGUCGAACCUCUGCCUUUAGCGGGCUCGUCUUUGCAGGGCGGAGUUCUGCGGGCUCACGAAUCGACAUCUGGCCGUGUCUCUGCGACCAGCUCGCUCCAGCAGUCACCACCGAGUGGUGACGAAAUGAGCUGGAUCGCCGACGAGGGCCCGAUCAGCCCGAGACUACGCGGCGACAACACUCUGCAAGAGGUUGUGGCUAUGGCUGAACGUUCCCCUGUUCCUGAGCAAACACUGGCACAGGAGCGAGCAGCGGAGCUGGAACCAGGUGCAGCACCGGAAACCAGCGAUGAAGCGGAAUCGAACCUACCGCCGCUUCGCAAAGACGACGAUACGGAUAUUUGGGACAUUGAGACGUAUCGAGAGCGCAAGAGGAAGGCAUCAUUUGGCAAAAGGGUCGUCAGAAACAGAAAUCGACCUGCGGAGAUGCUCAAGAAGUCUACCGCCGCAACGCAGCCGGCGUGGAUGCGAACCGGCCUGACACAGCUGUCGAACAGGACCUUCAAGCCUCUGCCGGCCAUGCGACGAAGACAGCCUGUGGUAGAAGAGCAUGGCGAAUCAUCGCGCCAACAAGAGCAGCCGCGUCUAGAGGAAGACGCAGAGGAGUACUCUCUGCUUGCCCGAAGAAGGGAGGCAGAGGAGGCACAGGGCCUCACCGAAUCUGCCUCCAAAGCGAGCAAAUUCGACCUGUCCACGUUCUUCUCGUCGCCGAUUGCCGUUCCAGGCAUGAUAGCGGACAAGUUUUUCCCAGGAAAGGGAAAAUCUGUUGAGAGGUCUCUUGCCCCUGCUCCUGCUCCUGCUCCUGUUUCUACUCCUGCGCCUGUCCUUGCUCCUACUCCCUCUCCUGUUCCUGCUCCGGAGCCUCCCACGCUUACUCCCACGCCUACGCCUGCUCGUCAGCGUUCGCCCCCGAGAGCCACACCGCUGAAUGCGGGAAGCGAGUAUGCUCGGCGCCGAGACGGCCGCAUUCAUUUCAGAGCCCCGUCCCCGUACAAGUCCUCUGCAGUACCCAGGCCACUGGGGACGCCCAGUGGUUCAGGAUUUGGAGUAACGGCCUCGAAUCGGGCAGGGGCGCUAGAAGCCAGACGUCUCUUUUCAACGCCUGGCAGGAGCGCCAUUCCAUCGGGGGACAUUGGCGGUCAAGGACAGGAAGCCACUGAAGAGGUUUCCAAGUCACAGAGACCACCUCGAUGGGGCUGCAACAGCAUAAACAGCAAUGACAGCGAAUACCGCUCCAUGCCGUUUAUGAAGCCGUUGCCGCCGAAGGAUGCAUCGCCGGUGAAGUCGAGCAUGCGGCCGCCGACGAAGCCGAAGGUACGAGGCCGAGUCGUGCAGUUUACCGAAAGCGUCAUGUCUCCACCAGAGCAGGAACGGGCUCGGCAGGAGCGUCGACAGCGGGAGUACGAGACGGCCUUGUUCGAGCAGGAGCUCUUGAAGCGGCGGGUCAUGCGGUUCGAUGAGGACGUCAACCGGUACGAGCCCCCGUUGCUGAAUGCUCCACAGCAGCAGGUCGUGGCAGGGCAGGAUCGCAGCCGCGACCGGAGGAGUCAAAGCUCGUCGGACGUCUCCAUGCCAGACGCGCCGCCGCUAGAGGAGGAGGAGGAGGCAGAACAGGUGCCGCUUCCGGAGCUGGUGCCGGAGCUGAUGCUGAUUCCGGUGCACAACCGUGCUUCGGCUCGCCGCCUCGCCCGCGCGGUCUCCACGUCGCCGCUGUCGACGACAAAGUGGUCGCGCGAGCACUGGUUGUUCCUCGACGACCUUCUGAGGGCUCGUCGCAGCGGGCCGUUCCGGGGCUCCUUCAGGCGCCACUCGGAGGACCUGCUCGGCAAGACGGUCUCAGGCAAAGGCCAGGCGAUGGAGCUUGAGCGCUGGCACCUUGACUGCGUGGACGCCUUCAAGGCGGCGGUUGCAGGCUGGGAGGCGAGUGACCUGGCAAGGCGCAUCUUUGGGCUCGUCAUGGGCGAAGAACAGCGCAGAGAGGCCGGGAUGAGGAGGCAGCGAGCUGCCAUGCGAAGAUGA